GGAGGAGGAGGAGGAGGAGGCGAGCGGGAGGCCGCCGCAGCUGCAGACCCGGGGACAGUGGAGGAGGCGGAGCGGGAGCCGCAGUCGCUGCCCCGGCCGCCGCUGCCGCCCGCAGCCGCGGGGCUGCUGCUGCGAGUCCCCUCCAGGCUUGAGGGCAGUGGGGCGCCCCGGCCAUGCUCCGCGGCGGCAGCUGAACGGGGCGCCGGCCCCCACCCUCCCGGCCGCCCCAGCAGCCCCAGCCGCCGCGCCCCCUGCACUGCCGGGGGCCGGAGCGCCCCGGGUCUCCCGCGCGCCCCAGAGCGCGAGCGCGAGCGGCGCCGGCCGCCGGAGCGCGGGGCACCAGGAGACGGGGAAGAUGGACCCGACGCCCUCGCUGGGCUGCAGCCUCAAGGAUGUGAAGUGGAGCUCGGUGGCCGUCCCGCUCGACCUGCUGGUCAGCACUUACCGGCUGCCCCAGAUCGCACGGCUGGACAGCGGAGAAUGCAUAGAAGGGUUACGGGAGAAUGACUACCUUCUGAUUCACUCAUGCCGUCAGUGGACCACCAUCACUGCCCAUAGCUUGGAGGAGGGGCACUAUGUCAUUGGGCCAAAGAUAGAGAUUCCGGUUCAUUAUGCAGGGCAAUUUAAGCUUCUGGAACAAGACCGAGAUAUAAAGGAGCCAGUGCAAUAUUUCAACAGCGUGGAGGAGGUGGCGAAAGCAUUUCCUGAGCGUGUGUACGUCAUGGAGGAAAUAACAUUCAACGUGAAGGUUGCUUCCGGUGAGUGCAACGAAGACACUGAAGUCUACAACAUCACCCUCUGUACUGGGGAUGAACUGACUCUAAUGGGACAGGCAGAGAUCCUUUAUGCAAAGACUUUCAAGGAAAAGUCGCGGCUCAACACAAUCUUCAAAAAGAUCGGGAAACUCAAUUCCAUCAGCAAACUCGGAAAAGGCAAAAUGCCCUGCCUCAUUUGCAUGAAUCACCGGACCAAUGAGAGCAUCAGCCUCCCAUUCCAGUGCAAGGGCAGAUUCAGUACCCGAAGUCCCCUGGAACUUCAAAUGCAAGAGGGUGAACACACCAUCCGCAACAUCGUGGAGAAAACCAGGCUCCCUGUGAACGUCACCGUGCCCAGCCCUCCACCCCGGAACCCCUAUGAUCUCCACUUCAUCCGGGAGGGGCACCGCUACAAGUUUGUGAACAUCCAGACCAAGACCGUGGUGGUUUGCUGCGUGCUGCGGAACAACAAGAUCCUCCCCAUGCACUUCCCUCUGCACUUGACUGUCCCCAAGUUUAGCCUCCCAGAGCACCUGGUGAAGGGGGAGGCGUGGCCAGAAACCCUGGUCCAUUAUUGGCUGGGGAUUUGUCAAGAGCAGUUUGACAUUGAUGAGUAUUCACGGGCUGUCCGUGAUGUGAAAACUGACUGGAAUGAGGACUGCAAGAGUCCCAAGAAGGGCCGCUGCUCUGGCCACAAUCAUGUGCCCAAUUCCCUCAGCUAUGCCCGUGAUGAACUCACCCAGUCCUUCCACAGGCUCUCAGUCUGUGUGUAUGGUAACAAUCUCCAUGGCAACAGUGAGGUGAACCUUCAUGGCUGCAGGGACCUGGGGGGAGAGUGGGCCCCCUUUCCUCAUGACAUCUUGUCCUAUCAGGACACCAGUGAUAGUGGGAGCGACUAUCUUUUCCCAGAAAGUAAUGAAGAUUCAGUGGGCAUUCCUGGGAAGUCAGAGCUCCCUUAUGAAGAGUUGUGGCUGGAAGAAGGCAAGCCCAGCCAUCAGCCUCUCCCUCGCUCCCUGAGUGAGAAGAGCAGAUGUGAUCAGUUCAGAGGAUCUGUCCGAUCCAAAUGUGCCACUUCUCCACUUCCUGUCCCCGGAACUCUGGGAGCAGCGAUGAAGUCUUCAGAGAUUGCCCUACCUCCACCUCCAGUGCCUCCCAAAUCUGAAGCCGUCAGGGAAGAAUGCCGGCUCCUGAACGCCCCACCUGUUCCACCCCGCAGUGCAAAGCCUUUGUCCACAAGUCCCUCCAUCCCUCCUCGCACAGCCAAGCCAGCACGCCAGCAGACUCGCUCUCCCAGCCCCACCUUGUCCUACUAUUCUUCAGGGCUGCACGACAUCAUCACUAAAAACGACUCAAGCCCUCCUGAAAGUGCUCCUGUUUCCUGCUACCCGUGUAACCAAGCGAAAACAGAUUCUGUGGACCUGAAGUCCCCAUUUGGAAGUCCUUCUACAGAAGUGCUCUCCUCCAGGCUCUCAUGGCCUAACCAUUAUUUGGGAGCCUCAGAGACCCAGACUAGGAGUGACUUCCUACUGGAGCCAAGCAGGAGUUACAGUUACCCGAGACAAAAGACUCCAGGCACACCAAAGAGAAACUGCCCAGCACCUUGUGAGCUUGAUAGCUGUGAGCCCCUGGCCAGUCCCACCAGCUCCGUCACUGCAGAGUUCACAAGCAAUGUCCCCGGUUGCCCCAAGUCAGCCAGCUAUUCUCUGGAAAGCACAGAUGAGAAGACUCUUGGAGCCGGCACAACCAAGCAAAGUAUUUCAUGCCCUGCCUUACCCCCUAGGGCCCCAAAACCAUUAGAAGAGAAAACAACCCCCGACACUUCUCCUUUGCCUCUGAAAAUCGAUGGUGCUGAGGAAGACCCUAAGUCUGGGUCCACAGACCUUUCCGAGGACCCGGAUUUUAUUAAAAAGGGUAUGCAGGAAAUCUUCUCUGUCUCCUACCCUUUCUCAUCACCACUGCACCUCCAGCUAGCCCCCAGGUCCUGCGGCGAUGGGUCCCCAUGGCAGCCCCCUGCUGACCUGUCAGGACUGUCUGUAGAAGAAGUGUCCAAAUCUUUGCGGUUUAUUGGUUUGUCAGAAGACGUCAUAUCAUUCUUCGUUACAGAAAAAAUUGAUGGGAAUUUGCUUGUUCAACUGACAGAGGAAAUCCUCUCUGAGGAUUUCAAAUUGAGCAAACUACAGGUGAAGAAAAUAAUGCAAUUCAUUAAUGGCUGGAGGCCCAAAAUAUAGCCGAAUCACCCCAGCUAGCGUUGAACAAACCUAAUAUGUGUGUGCUAGGAGGGUCAGCUGGGACACAAUUUCAUGAUGGUUUUUUUUUUUUUUUUUUUUUGCACUAAAAACUUUCUCUGUAAAUAGGGAUUAAAAAAAAAAACUCUUACUAUGCAGAUUACGCUUUUGAAAGGUGAACCGGCUAUUUUGUACAUCAAUAAAAGUGCUGUACAGAAACCCUUGGAGGUGUGCCUUGUACGUCACUCAAUACUCAACAGCUGCUAAAAGAGAGAAGGCAUGUUUAGAGAAGUCAUUCUUAACCCAAGUAGGUUUAUGUGAUAAAGUAUGAUAUUUAUUGCAAAAUAGCCAAAGCUGAAAGACUUAAAAAUCUUAAAAAUAAUAAUAAAAAAAAACUUUGGAACACUAAAACCCUCCUUUGGGAGGGAUCAACUUUAGACAAAUCUGUGCUCUGUCGUUUGGAUUGCUUAAUGCUAAUUGUUUUACUCUUGUGCCUGAAAAUGUUAGUGAUGUGAAAUGACACUUUAAUGUUAUAUGCCUAGUUGGGCUCUUCCAUCAAAAGGUAUUUUCCAAAAGUCGUAUGUUAUAGAAGAUAUGUAACAUCCUUAGAAAUAAUACAAGUCAAUCAUGACCACCACAAUUUAUCUGUAAUUGCUGCUAAUUUUACUAAGCAGAGACAAUAAAACAGACAUAUGCC